AGUUCUUUUUGAAAUCAUCCUGGGUAACAUGUAUCUGGGCAAACACUGUAAUUUUUGUUCUUCAGGUGUCUCUGAAGUUAAAUUCUGAUAUUUCUGAACUAAAUUAUUGUAAACUCCACCUGAUUUUCAUUCAGCAAACCAGGCUUGCUGCAAGAAAGGGUUUUAAGCUGCAUAAGGGCCUUGCAGGUAUCUGAACAUCUUGCAUCUUUAUGAUGACCUACUGUAUCUUUCCUUAAGGAAUUGAACUCUGAAUUUAUGGAGAAAAAAGCUCCAUCCUUUCAUCUUCAGAUUUCUUGUUGGCCAAUUGCUUAGCAUGGUUGUGGACCCGAAGAAAGAGAAUUCUCCUAUUCGAGCGCAGGACAACCCUAUCCUUGUUUUGGGAUAAAUAUCCUCCAGCCAACCAGGCACAUAAGAAUUUAUAAAUUUCUGGCCCACAGUGUAAUCCCUCAAGAAGACAUAUUUAAGAGACCAGCCAAACGUUUAUUGACACCCGGAAAACCCAAACAUCAUCCUCCUCUUGCAUCCACCAUUCAUUUGAGAAAAGUAAUAACCUCCAGCAACCAUCAACCAUAGCUGUACAGUGAAAGCCAUUAAAGAAGAUAUUAUGCAGGCCACAGUACUCUGUAGCGGUAGAGGACCCCUUCUGGUUCAUUCCAUGGCUACCCAGAAACCCUUACCAUCUGUUAAAGGAACUGUUGGCUCCAAAAAGAACUCAACUGUUGUAGGAACAACACAGCCAAUAAAGCUACUUACAAGGGUGGAGGAACUGAAGCUAUUAAGCAAAGCAGAGAAAGCUGGUUUGCUAUCAGCAGCUGAGAAAUUUGGGCUCUCUCUGUCAACAAUAGAAAAACUGGGAGUUCUCUCAAAAGCUGAAGAAUUUGGAGUCCUUUCUGCAGCUACUGACCCUGGAACUCCGGGGGCUUUGUUGAGUCUGAGCUUGGGAUUACUGCUUUUGGGACCCUUUUUUGUUUAUCUUGUACCUGAGGAUUAUCCUUGGGAGAUGGCAUUGCAGGUUGUUGUUUCUCUGCUAUCUGUGCUUGGUGGAUCAGCUGCCUUUGCUGCAUCAAAUUUUGUAUCCAACUUGCAAAACUCAAACUGAAUAUCAUUAAGGCCAUAUUUUCUUUGGUGUAAUAAAGAUUCUUGGAUCAGAAAGCUACAUUGUCAUUCA